AUGGUUCUGGAGGUAGCAGAGGCUAAAUUGGCUCGAACUUCGGCUAAACGCGUAUUUAAUCGGAACGUCAAGAAAUUAGUCGACUCUAUUAACUCUAAAGAUACGGCUGCAUUAAUCGAGAGUAGAUUUAAAGAUUUGAAGCAGCUCUGGGAUGACGUCCAACGGAAGCACGAAGGGUAUAUAGAAUCGCUGGAAAAUUCGAAGACGACUUAUGAUGUUGAGCAAGAGGAUGGAUGGAUUGAUGAAAUGGAUAAAGUUUAUGAUGACGUGUUACGGCAAAAGUUGGCAUACUUUGAGACCGUAGAAGAGGAUCAAAGGGAAAUCGAACGGCAACAAGAACAAAUUUCUAAAGAGAAAGAAGAUCAAAUUCGUAAGAAAGAGGGCGAUAAAGCUAUUUUUCGAGCUGAACAAGCCCGCAAAGUUGAAGAAAUCGCAUUUAGACAAGAGGUGGAAAAUCUAGAAGAGGCAUUAGCUGCAGAGAUAGACAAACCCAAUCCGGCAGCAUCAAUGCUUGAAACGGCAAGAACUGAGCUAAAAAGACAACUUGAAGAGUGUAAAAGGGUUAAUGGUGAAUAUGUUCUGCUACUUGAUGCUGAGACAGCUGGUGAUGAGAUAGCUUGGUUCACGAGUCUCCAAAAGAUUUAUUCGCAAAUAUCUAAAAAAAUCGGCGACGUUAUUCAACGGAAAAGUGAUACCAAAGGUAAUGCAAUGAGAGGAAGCACAAUGAAACUAGAAAGAAUGAAAUUACCCCAAUUCAGUGGAAAUAUUCGAGACUACCCUCGUUUUCGAUCAGAUUUUGAAAAACAAAUCCUACCAGAGUUGGAAUCUGGAAAAGUUGCAUAUGUCCUCAAAUCAUGUCUCGAAGGUGAAGCAUUUGAUGCCAUCUACAACUUAGAUGAUGAUGUAACGAAAAUGUGGAAGCGACUAGAUGAGAAAUAUGGUCUGCCAUCAAAAUUAGUCGAUGUUGUCGUAUAUGAUAUUAAGAAUAUAAAGCACUUACAGGAAGGAGAUGAUCAAUCAUUUCUAGAGCUUAUAAAUACGGUUGAGAAAGGCUAUCAAGAUCUAGCCAGAAUCAAUAUGGAAUCUGAAAUAUCCAAUAGUGGAACAGUCAGUUUAAUCGAAGAACGAUUGCCUCGUGACAUUAAGCGGGAAUGGUCUAGAGAAGUCAACAGAUCAACCAGCAAAGUAGAACAGAAAAAUAAGUUCCCGUAUCUUCUCCAAUUCCUUCAAGAACAAAGAAAGAUUAUAGAAUACGAGUUAUCAGAGCUGAGGACUGGAGGGGAUCAUGCUCGCAAAGGUCGUGUCCACAUGAUUGACCGUGAUGGAAAGUUUAUUGAAGACAAAGAAGCUACAAAGACGACCAGGUGCUUAGUUCACAGCUCGAGCACGCAUAAUACGGCCGAUUGUAGAGUAUAUCAAGAGAUGGCGCCUGAAGGGAAAGUCCAGUUGUUAAAGGAAAAGCGAGCUUGCUGGUCAUGCCUCAAGAUUGGUCACCGCUCUAUUGACUGCAGACAACGCAAGAAAUGCAACAGUGAUGAUUGUUCAAAAUAUCACCAUGAUUCCUUACACGUAGCCCACGUUCAAGGGGUUGCAUUCCAUAUACCAUAUUUUUCCCGGCCAAAUUCUGACGCAGAUGGAAAGGAAUCGGGAACUUGUUUGCUGCAGGUGAUGAAAAUAAAAUCAGCUGUCAAUGCUGCUCCUUUAAAUGUGCUGUGGGACGGUGGUGCAACCAUUAGUCUGAUCACCUUUGCCAAAGCACGUGAGCUAAGUUUGGAUGGAGAGGAAAUUAGGCUGUCGGUUGUCAAAGUUGGCGGUGUCAAGGAAGAGAUGAGAUCAUCAGUAUACAAACUUCCCUUAAUCGAUGAAUCAGGGGAGACUGUCAACUUCCGCGUUUAUGGAAUUGAUCGGAUAUCCUCCCCUAUGGAGGGAAUUAACCUCAACGGCGUGAUGCAUCUGUUCCAAAACAUAAACAAGCAGGAGAUUCAGCGACCAAAUGGGGAAAUAGAUGUGUUGAUUGGUUAUGAGUAUGCAGGUUAUCAUCCUGAGCGGGAGCAAUCUUCUGGGCAUUUACUUCUGUUGAAAAACCGAUUCGGUCGUUGUCUGGGUGGGUCUCACACCAGUAUGGCAGAGAACACGCUUAAGCUUAUCCAGCAUGCUACAGUUCACCAUGUUGCGAGGAUAAACAUUGAAAAUUUUUUCGAUACUGAAUCUCUAGGCGUUGAAUGUUCCCCGAGAUGUGGAAGUUGUCGCUGCGGACGGUGCCCAAUUGGUGGGAAAAGCUUCACAUUGAAGGAGGAGCGGGAAUUAAAUUUGAUUGAGGAAGGAUUGACACAUGAAGGCGAUCAUUGGGUUGCGCGAUACCCUUGGAUUAGGAGCCCGGAUGAUCUGCCAAACAACAAAGAAGCAGCUUUGAUAAUGCUUGGGUCUACAGAAAAGAGGUUGCAGAAGAACAAACCGCUUCUGGAAACGUACAAGGAGCAGAUUCAGGAUAUGGUACAGCGAGGUGUUGCAAGGAAACUCACACAAGCAGAAAUUGAAAACUAUGACGGCCCAGUAUAUUACCUAAGCCACCACGAGGUGCUUAAACCAGAAUCCACAUCCACGCCUUGUCGAAUAGUCUUCAAUUCGUCAGCGAAGUUUCAGGGACAUUCACUAAAUAACUACUGGGCUAAGGGACCAGAUCUUAUGAACAACCUGCUCGGCAUACUCGUGAGAUUUAGAGAAGGCCCAGUCGCAUUUGUCGGCGAUAUACGGAAGAUGUACCACGCCAUAAAGAUAUCAGUUCUUGAUCAGCACACUCAUAGAUUUCUUUGGCGCGACGUGUCGCAGGAUAGUGGGACAAGUACAUACGUCAUGACGUCCGUAUCGUUCGGUGACAAACCUGCGGGAAAUAUCGCCACAGUCGCUCUACGCAAAACAGCGGAAAUGCAAAAAGAUGAUCUUCCGAAUGCAUCAGAUACCAUCCUCAACAACACUUACGUUGACGAUAUUGCAGAUAGCGUGGAGACUAUGGUAACAGCACGAGAGACAACCGGUCAAAUUGACGAUUUGGUCAAGGUUGGUGGAUUCCAAAUCAAGCAUUGGAUCUAUAAAUCAGAGAAUGUGAACGAUGACAGCGCAAAUAGAUCACUGGGAAGCAAGUCGGUAUGCGAGAAGCAGAUACAAAAUACUGGGACAGCAUGCUCUGAAGGGGAUGAACAGAAAGUUCUUGGUGUACGCUGGGAUUCAAAUAGGGACGAAUUUUGUUUCAAAACGCAACUUAACUUUACCCCAAAGAUUAAGAAACUACGAAGUGGACCAAAUCUCACUCGAGAACAAGUUCCAGCGCUUAUUCCGCCCAUACUAACGAAACGGAUGGUGUUGUCGCAGAUUAACGGAAUAUACGAUCCACUUGGACUCGCAACCCCAUUCACCGUGAGGGCAAAGAUACUUAUGAGAAAAUUGUGGAUAGGAGAAUCGAAAGACCUGACCUGGGACGAUCCAAUCCCCGCCUCGUUAAGAGAAGAGUGGUUGCGAUUUUUCAUUGAACUUUUCAACAUGGAAAAGGUCACGUUUAGAAGGUGCGUGAAACCAGUCGGUGCUGUUGGCAACCCAGCCCUCGUGAUGUUCAGUGAUGGAUCAGACCAGGCAUAUG